UAGGUAUUGUAUAAUUAUCUAGUCGAUAUUUAACAAGUGAUAUAUUUAAGUCUAAGUUGUUACACAGAAACACGUGAACAGUACAGGGAAUCAAGCGUAAAAAAACAAAUGAAUUCUGGGAAUUUGAUACUCGAGUUUGUUGUUGGAUUCCUCCUGGUAACAUCAGCGCUCUCAACACCCAUUUUCAAAGAUUCCGAAGCGCAAUACCAGUUGCCACCUAACUUCCCAAAAGAAAUAUCAAGGAUAGACUAUGAGAAUAGUAAGAUAUUUUCACCUUCAUCUUUGAUUGAAAGUCGAUCAAUCACAGACGUGGAGACACACCAGGAGUCAGCCAUACGCACCCCCAUUGCGUAUACUUAUACUGAUGUUAAUGCAGAUAUGACGCAAUCGGAUAAUUCUUAUCCGGAUGAAAGAUCUUCGUUUCCUUCCCUACGAAUGAGGGGGUCGGCAUCUAUGCAUUUCCGUUUCUGGAAAAGUCUAUCAAAAACGGCAAUACCUACUGUUGAAUUUCUAGGAAAUGCUCUGGAGCAUCUUGUAUCAAACUAUUGUCAGGAUAAUCAAGACGUCAUACCUGAUGAUUGUUUAGACUUCUCGUUUAACCUCAUCAAUAACUGGAAUGUUCGAGACUUUAUCAGAUCACCGUCAGACGAAGUCAUGAUGAUCAAGAGGCAGAAAAAAUUCGACAAGAAAUUACUUGUUGACGUCAUACAAGUGCUUCGUUACAAUCAGAGAAACCUGACUGACCUCCUAGCCAUUGAAAAACGACAUAUUUGUGGAAACGAGGUCGCUUGUGACGUCACCUGUGAUGAAGGGUCCUCCCUAUACUGUACCCUGAAUACUGUUAUUGUUCCUAACCUGGACGAGCUCAUCCUUGGACUGGAAAAGCAGGCAAAAAUGUACUUUGGGGCGAGGAUAAGUCGACAGACACCACAACGGAUGAGUCCCGAAAAGUUUAAGUUUUAUUCAAAAUACCGAGUAUUUUUUGUACUCGGCACUAUUUAUAACAUGAUGCUACAAAUGUUCGAAACAGAGGCAGCCCUCACGUACAUACUAGACCUUUCAAAAAUAGAACGUCUCAAAGCACGAUAACGAUGUGAUACGUCAAUUCAUCAUACAGCGGCGAAGAUACCGUACUGAUGGCUUGUGGAAUACAAAGGAGCAACGACUCUGCACUGGUAUUUGUUUAUUUACUAUGUGGUGUUUAAAAAAAUAGUAUUUUCAUCAUGUUUUUAUAACUUUUCUGAUGACCGCUGUAGUGUUUCCUUUGCCAAGAUCAUAAUAUUAUUCGCUGCAGUACAACAAACAGGAAUGACGUUAAACGUAAACAAUAGUGACGUAUAAUAGCCGGACCAGUCACUAUAGUAACACCAUUACAAAGAGCAUGCAUGACUGCACAUUGUCUUCUACCUGUCUCAACAGUUUGAACAAAACAACUCAUAGGUCAAUGAUUUGGACCCUGCUUAUAUUCGUUAAAACAAAACUGUAUUUAUAACAAGAAAUUGAUGACUUAUAAUGUUAAGUUAACUUUUCCCAAAAACGUUUAUGUAUGAUCUUUACUUCAUAUUAAAAAGCAAUCUUGCUUAUGAUACUAGCUAUAGUCAAAGAGAUCUUAAAUCUACACACUAUUAGCAGUACGGUUUCCCAUAACCUUCAAAUAAUAUUUCGAUUUUAGAUUUUUGAUGAGUUUCAUAAAUGAAAGUGCUUUAGAAAAAAAAUCAUUUUUUUGAAGACUUCCUCUAGGUGAAUAAUGGGUUUUUUUAAUUAUUAAUUACAUAACAAUGUUUCUAUCAAUUUUUAUGUUAGUAACGAAUGGGAAAGUGACACUAUACACAGCCAAUAAUUUUACUCGAAACUUAAUAGCGAUUAGAAUCCCUCAUGAAUUAUGCAAAAAACCUAUGUAAAGACUAAAAUCAUGUACCUUUUGUUGUUUUUAAUUUAUUAGUAUUUUGUAAAUAUAUUUUACCAUGUGCUUAUUUUUUUUAUCACGUUUAUUAAAACUUGUACAAAACAUUUUGUGUUAUUUCCAUGUUGCUUUUGCACAUGAAUUUGUUUGAUACAUAUUUGUUUUUAUUUCUCAGGUUAUAUCUAUAUCAUCACAAGGGACUUUUGUCCUGCAAUUGUGAAAAUAUUAAUUUAUAAAUUAUUUAUUUGUGUUUUGUUUACAUGAUUGCAAUGUGUUGAUUUCAGUACCUACAUGAAUAUAUAGAUUUUUGUUUCUGCAUUACGUUCCAUAGAAUUUCCCUCAAACACAGAUAGUCCUUGGCCUAAGUGAAUUCAAAUUACUGUAAAAAAACGAGUUGGAGCGCUAAUACUUUCGCGUUUCGACAAGAAGUUUCAAGUGAAACGAAUAAUGAUUUAGCGCUACAGUUUUCUAAAUCCUGCCACAAUUCAACUUGAUUUAAUUUUUAGCAGUUAUAAUUAGUUAGCACAUUCGAUUUUGCUCAAAAAGCGGUAAAAUAUUAGUAUCUCCAAAAUAACUUAACCUAAAGUAUGUAAUUGUUUGUGUGUUUAGGUCACGACGCUAAUUCUAUUUUGGAAUUCCAUCAUUUUGAAAUUAAACCUGUUGCAUGUUUGAUGGAUUUAAAAUGUAUUCAAAUAAAAAUAGUAUAUAUAUUUGUAUUUGUUUUGUUGAAAUAUACAUAAUAAUUGAUAAAAAUAUAUCGUUUGAGACAUUGUCGGCAACCUUACAUUUUUAUAUUAUUAAACUAAGUCUCACUUAAACUAAAAUAGUCCCCCUUGCUUUUUAUUGAACUAUUAUUACACGAGUUUUGUGUUCUAGCUUUAUGUACAUGUACGUAUACUUAAUGCAUUGAUAUAAACACAGCGAAUGUGCAACAGCUGUAUUGUAUUUGUUUUCUUACGCAACCGAAUACUUGCCAUUUGAAUGAAUGAUGUGUUAUUUUCCAUAUGUUCAUUUAUGAAUUUGUAAACUUGAUAUGUGAAUUAAAUGUUU